CAAAACUUCAACUUCUUCUCAAGACUCUCUCUACGUUUCCCUUCUUCUUCUCCUACAGAGAUUAAAUCAAUCUUGCUUCAAGAUUAUUCAAUCUUUAAUCGUCUCCAGCCUUAUAAAUGGCUGAGGAAUUCGAUGAAGCUGAGGUUGUAUUCUCCGAAGAUUUAAGCUAUGUUCAUCAGAGAGACGACAAGAAUCAUCUGUUUGGUUUCAAGGAGAGGAACAAGACAAGGCGGAACAUCAAGAGCCAGGAGAAGGCGGUGGUGUUACCGGAGAAUAUGUUUGGUAAGUACGUAGGGAAAGAGGUGGAGGAGGAGUAUAACGAUGGAAGAGGAGAGAUCGUUCCGCCGCAUGUCAUGGUUGGACGGAGGAUUCAAGGAGAAGGAGGACAAAUGGCGUUUUCAGUUUGUUCAGGUAGUGGAAGGACUCUUAAGGGGAGAGACCUGAGCCGUGUUCGUAACUCGGUUCUCAGGUUAACCGGUUUUUUGGAGGCUUGAACCUUGUUACCUAUCACACCGGUUUGAUCAUCUCCUUUUUUUUUUGCAAUCUUCGGAAAAUUCUCAGUGUUGUUUUAUUUAAAGUAAAGCUGAGGAAAAU